AUGAGUUCAAGAGCAUUAAGGAAAUUACAAAACGAUGAGGAAUUAUUAGCUUCAAUUCUCUCCAAAUCUACAUCUCCUGCACUUUCUAAUGACGUAACAGACGAUGAAACUGUUUCAUUAUCUAAACCAGCGCAACCACAAAAUAUAUUUGCAUUAAUGAAUCAAGAUGAUGAGGAUGACGAGAAGGAUUUGGGGACUGGUGAUCACGAUAUUUUUAAUACUAAAAGUGAAGUUAAUCACAGAGAAAACCCUCAGGUGGAUAACAAAAAAAUCAAUGUACCAGUUAAAAUAUACUUGCCAAGUAAAUCUCAAAAAUCUAAAAGAAGAUCUAAAAAUAAGAAAAAACAUGAGAAUAAAAAUAAAAAACAAUCCAAGAAUGGUAUUAGCAAUAGCAUAAAGGAUGAUGAAGAGUUUGAUAAAUUAUUAUUGCAGUACCAAAAGAAAGAUAUUCAAAACCUUAAAAAUUUAAAUGGCACUGGAAAUAUAAAUCCUAACAAUAAUGAAGACGAAUUUUUUACCGCGUCGGAGUCGGAAACAGACAUUAAUAAGUUCAAUUCUACAAAGAAAGAAUGGUUUGAUAACUAUAAAACCCCUAAUGUUAUUGUUAAUGAGUUGAAAUAUGAUGUAGGUUUUACAAAAUUUCCAAUAUCUUCUCUUAAAGAUACUAAAUUUAAUACAGAUUUUAAAAAAUUGGAUCCACAUACUGAAUUCAAGUUGCUAUUUGAUGAUAUUUCCGUGAAAUCCUUAGAUGAUAUUGAUUCUUUAUCAUCAACAUCGAUCUCUCCACAACAGUUGAAACAAAUUCAGAGACUCAGAAGAUUGGUUAGAAAUUGGGGUGGGAAAGAUCAUCGGUCUGUUCCUAAUGGACCUGGUGGUAAUGUACAUCGUUUACAAUUUACAAAAGUAAGGAAUGAUUGGUUGCCAACUCCAAGAGGGGAAUUAGCCAUGAAGUUACUAACUGAUUCUGAACUAUUAGAUUGGCAAUUAUGGCAAAGACCAAUAGACUGGAAAGACACUAUUCAAGAAGAUAUAAAUCGAUGGAAGAAAAAUAUUAAUUUUUAUAAAUUUGAACCUUUGAAUGAUGAACUAAAUAGAAAAGCAAUGAUAGAAUUCUACUUAAAUGUUAUUACACACCCGGAUCAUGAAGCAUUAAUUAAUUUAAUUGCUUCACAAGCCCCAUAUCAUGUACCAGGUUUAUUACAAGUAGCAUUGAUUGCAGUGAGACAAGGCGACAAAUCUAAUACAAAUGGUUUAUUACAAAGAGCUCUAUUCGUAUUUGAUAGAGCUUUAAAACAUAAUAUACUUUUCAACUCUACAUCAUGUCAAUUACCUUAUAUUUAUUUCUUUAAUAGACAAUUUUAUUUAACUAUUUUCCGCUACAUAUUAGUGUUGGCUCAAAGAGGUGCAGUAGCCACUGCUAGUGAAUGGACCAAAGUGUUGCUUUCUUUAAAUCCGAUGGAGGAUCCAUUAGGUUGCCGAUAUUUCAUGGAUCAUUACUUACUUUUAUCCAAUGAUUAUCAGUAUAUUAUUGAACUUUCCAAAUUACCUAUUAUGAACUGUUACAAAGAAUGGUAUACAUGGGGGUUUUCUAUGGGUGUAGUAUUAAGUUAUUUAAAACUUGGAGAGAUUGAAUGUGCAGAAAAUGAAUUGUUAAAAUGUUUUAAACAACAUGCACCAUUGUUAGGUCAAUUAUACAUAGAAAAAUUGGCAGGGGAUGUUACUCUAUUAAAUGGAUUAACGAUUGGAGAUAAUGCAUCGAAUUUAAUCGAAUACAAGGUAUAUUUAGCUAGAUUUUCACUUUUAUGGAAGUCCAGUAAAGAAUUAACCUUUUUACAUAAUAAUUUGACUAAGUUAUUCACACACUAUAAAGAUGAUAAGAUUAAGUUAGCAGCUAGUAAUCUAUUCAGUGGUAAUAAAAUAGAAAUUGAUAAUGUAUUUUAUAUUAAAAAUAUUCCAAUUAAUUUAUUAAGGUUUGCGAUACUAUCAGAAGAAUCUUCAGUUAUGGCAAGUAUUCCUUCUUUUGUUUGGUCUGAUUAUGAAGUUUACGAAUUUGAUGUUUUACCUCCGCGGCCAAAUUCAAAAGAAGAUAUAUAUGUAAUUGAAACAGUAAAAAGUUUUAUUGAUGAAAAAGAUUUGUUAAAUGCGCAAGCUAUGAGAGCACAGGACGAAGAGUUGAUGAACCAAAUUAGGCAGUUGUCCUUAAAUCAAUAUAUUGAAGCUAAUGAAAUGAAUCAAUUUUCAAAUGAAUAA